UAGUGAGGCAUUAUCUUCUACAUGGUAUCAGAGCCAGAUCCGGCACCAAUCGUCUUCUAGGUUUUCUGUGUCUUUCGAUCUUUGUCUUCCUCAUGUCUACCGAUCCAGUUUCCUCUUCUUCUCUUAAUGUGUCUGUAUCAUCUGCGUCUAUACAUCCUACAGCAACCAGCAGUCCUACCAUAUUCAAUUCCUCUCCAUUCAAUCCAAUCUCUACUUCCAAUGGUAUUCAAUGGCCUUCACAACUCCAGUCACCUUCGAUCCCCAAUCCAGCAAGUCCAUUAUCUCCUGCACUACCCAUUCUACCUAUUUCCUCAACAGCACCAAAUCCAAAUCCAAUGGCCUCCAAUACGUUCUCACAUCCUUACUCUUCUAUGCGUAAGCAACCAGGACAAUCUAUGCUUAGCUAUCUACAGCAUGUGAAAGGACUGAUUGAUAAGUUGCAUGGUGUUGGGCAUCCAAAAACAGACCGUGAUUUAGUGUUUCAAGUGCUUGCUGGUCUUGAUUCUGAGUACAGUGUUGCCAAAAGAACAAUAACUCAACGAAAUCCCUUUCCCAGUUUCUUGGAAUUACACUCUCUGUUGUUGAUUGAAGAAGCCACUCUUCUUCGUGAAGCAGCAAAUCGACAUACUCAACCUGUGAUUUCUCCCAGUAAUCCACAGUUGCUUCACCUCCUGCAUCAUCCGCAAACACCGGCUGUUCCAUCUGCUGCAUCCUGGGAUACUUCUUCUGGUAACCAUCAUCAACUUUAUUCUUUGACUACUUCACCUCGAGGAGGACGAUGGUCUGGUCGCAGAGGAGGUCGUGGUAGUUUUUGGAGUACUCGUGGGCGUUUCUAUGGAGGUUCACGUCAACUUAGUUUCUCUGCAAGUUCUGGACGUGGAUCUGAAUUUUCUGGUAGUUAUUUUUCUGGCAACCGUGGUGCUGUAUCUUCUCGGGCUUUGCCUUCUCUACUUCCUACACCGUCUACACCAGCAGCUUGCUACUCUAUUUCAUGUCAGUGGUGCCAGCAGCCUAACCAUCAAGCCCGUGACUGCCCUUUGCUCACCAUUCGGCCCACAACAGCAUCUACCUCUACCCAUCAAUCGCUGGUUGCUUCUACUUCUACCUCUGAUCCGAACUGGUAUAUAGACUCAGGUGCGUCUACUCAUGUUACUAAUAAUCCCCAGUCUUUACGUCAAAAGUCAUCUCAUUUAAAAUCUGAGUUUGUUCAAGUUGGUAGUGGCCAGUUGUUGCCUGUUACUAUUUUGGUUCCAUGUCCCCCUGAUGCUAAUGUUGUUGGAUCGAAAUGGGUCUAUCGUGUUAAACAGAAGGCGGAUGGUAGUGUUGAACGAUUGAAGGCUCGUCUUGUUGCUCAAGGUUACACUCAACAACCCGGUGUUGAUUAUGAUGAAACAUUUAGUCCUGUUGUCAAGCCUGUUACUAUUCGGGUUGUGCUUUCUCUUGCAGUAAUGCGUUCUUGGCCUAUUCAUCAACUUGAUGUCAAGAAUGCUUUUCUUAAUUGUACUUUGUCUGAAACUGUUUACAUGUCUCAGCCGCCUGGUUUUAUUGAUUCCGCUCAUCCAGAUUAUGUUUGUAAGUUACAUCGAGCACUUUAUGGCUUGAAACAGGCUCCUCGGGCAUGGUUUCACAGGUUUACCUCUUUUCUCCUCUCUUGUGGCUUUGUUCAGGCUAAGUCUGAUUGGUCUUUGUUUGUGUUCCGCAAAGGUGACUUGAUGGCUUAUCUUCUUCUUUAUGUGGAUGAUAUUAUUCUCACUGCUUCGUCUUCAUCCUUGUUGGCUAAAAUUAUUUCCCUACUGCAAUCUGAAUUUCGGAUGAUUGAUUUGGGCUCUCUAAAUUAUUUUCUUGGCAUUAGUGCUCAUUUUAAUGCUACUGGCUUGUUCUUAUCUCAAUCUAAAUAUGUUGCUGACUUGCUUGCUAAGAGUGGUAUGCGUGAUUGUAAGCCUGCCUCCACACCGUUGAGUCCGAAGAUGAAAUUAAUGGUUGAUGAUGGUGUUUUGUAUCAUGAUCCCUCUUUGUAUCGUAGUCUUGUUGGUGCUCUGCAUUACCUUACCUUUACUCGGCCUGAUAUUGCUUUUGCGGGCACCAUGGACUAUGGUUUACAGCUAUAUCAUCAUUCUUUGCUUUCUUUGCAUAUGUUCACAGAUGCAGAUUGGGCAGGUUGUGUUGAUACUCGCCGGUCUGUUUCUGGCUAUUGUCUUUUUCUGGGCAAUUCUCUUAUUUCUUGGUCAUCAAAGAAACAACACACGGUUGCUCGUUCUAGUGCAGAAGCCGAGUAUCGUGCUCUUGCCAAUGCUGCUGCUGAGGUCUUAUGGGUUCGUCAGUUACUUUUUGAGCUUUAUGCUUUUCUUCCUACAGCACCGGUGCUAUUUUGUGAUAAUCUUAGUGCUAUCUAUCUUUCUCUUAAUCCCAUUCAGCAUCAGCGCACUAAGCAUAUUGAGAUUGACAUUCAUUUUGUGAGAGAGAAGAUUGCUUCUGGGAUUUUGUCUAUUCGUCAUGUUUCUUCAUAUUUUCAGCGUGCUGAUGUCUUCACCAAGGCUCUUUCUAUGCCUUUGUUUCAUACUCAGAGGGCCAAUUUGAACGUGAUUUGCCUUGUGCAGCUUGUUGAAAGUACAAUUAGGUCAGAAUACUCCAGGUCGCCAAAUAGACCAAUAUAUCUUGUUGGGGAAUCCCUUGGAGGAUGCCUUGCCUUAGCUGUUUCAAACCGUAACCCUGAUAUUGAUCUCCUACUUAUCUUGUCUAACCCAGCUACUUCUUUUGGCAAGUCGCAAUUGAAACCCCUUCUACCUUUACUACAAUGCAUUCCUGAUGAAUUCUUUCUUUUGGCAAGAAAUUCCGUGUUAACCUUAACCACAGGUUUGCUGCCUUGGUCUUCAACUUCUGUUUUCUUGGCUUGUUAUUUGCAUCUUAAGAGAAGUGACCAGUUGAGGAUGCUGAUGGAUAAUGUAGUGAAGGGCAUUCCUCUGGGACAAUCUGUUGUUGGAAAGCUGUCACAGGAUAUUGUUGCUGCAUCAUCUAACCCCUCUGUUCUGGUUGAAAUCUUACCCAAAGAAUUGCUCGAAUGGAAGCUACAAAUGCUGAAAUCUGCUUCUGCAUAUUCCAACUCUCAUCUCCAUGCCACAAAAGCUGAAGUGCUAUUACUUUGCAGUGGAAGAGAUCAAUUGUUUCCUAGUGAAGAAGAAGGUGAAAGACUAUGCCAUGCACUCCCAAAUUGUGAGAUUCGAAGGUGAUGGUUAAAUGUUGCUCUUAGCUCUGUGAUGCUCUCAACUACCGAGGAUGGGAAGGUGGUGAAGGGCCUUGCCGGGGUUCCAUUGGAGGGACCCGUCCUGUACAUUGGAAUGAAGGAGAUGGCAAGCUGUCAAACCAACAACUUUACCAACCAUGACUGGCACCAAGGAAGAAAGCAAGAACUGAAAGAUAGGGAGAAAUGCUAUCAACUGUAUUUACAUAGAUGCGUUGCUUACUUGAAGCAGAAAAGAGAAGAAGAUCCAUACAGGAAUAUUGUACCCUGGCUAAUGCACCAGGCCACACAUGGUUCCAACUCUCAAGCUCCUUCCUGUGACCUUUAAUCAAUCUUGUUAUUGAGUGGUGUUGAAUUCCCUGGGAGUAACUUAACAAGUAUUUGUAUAACUUGACACCGAUUAAAACUUUAAUAUGCAU